CAAAUUAAGAACCGUAUCAUUCAUCCAUCGCUUUGGAAAGAGAUCUUUGAACCUGAAACGGUUUGUACAAAACUCCUUAAAUUCAUUUGCCGGAGAUGUGGAAAAUCGGGUUUUUUGUCACCCUGCUUCUGAUCGCGGUUGUAUCUGCUAAACCUAACCUGGGUCACGUUCGAGAUUCAUCAGACACCACAAGGCGAGGUUAUAAAUAUGGCGUGGAAAAUCCAGAGUCCCUGAUGUGGGAAAGAGGAUUGAUUCCACAGUAUGAAGACGAUCCAGAUGUGUAUAGAGACACCGCUUGGUUUUUGGACAAAAUCAUAAUGGAUGAAGCUGAAGUAGUUCACGAGCCUGUUCCACCAGAGGUGAAGUACCGCUUUGGAUCAGGAAAAAAGCAAGAGUGCGUCGAGGGAGUAAAGAUCAUACCACCACAGUGCCAGUGGAAGGGCAUGGUGAUAAUGAAAGAGAAGGAGGAGGAGCCAGCUGAACCUGCUGAAGUUGAAGAGAUUACUCUUACAGUUUCGGCAAAAUACUGCAAUCAAGCUGGGAUGAAAAAGCCGAAGCCCAAAGUGGUUGACUGUGAAGAAUGAAUGUUUUAAUGGCCUACGGAAAGUUCAUAGUUUUACCGAAACAAAAGGUCUAGGAACAUUCUAAUUUUUUUUCCUUUUUUUCCUUUAAAAGAUAAACGGAGGUUACGAUUAAGGGAAUGUAUGAUCGUAAAUUUUCGGAGUUUUUGAGUGGGAAAUUCAGUUUUCUGUCUUUACCCCCAUUCGUUUCUUUUUCGUUGCUGUUGUUAUGACCUCAACUCAGCUAAAGCCUUCACGCUUUUAAUGGUUUGGUAAAUCUUGCCUAGUUUUGAUUACUGUAUUUGCAGAGAAAAACGAUCAGAACUACUUAGGGCUUUGUAAAUGGUUACAAAAUUGUAGACGAGCCCCUGAACAAGCUAAGGUGAUUGUGAUAAUAAAUGACUCAACAACUGUUCCUAAUUUCAA